CUACAACCAUGUUAUCCGCACACCAUACAUUCAAACAUAUCAUUCAUCCUUUUAAUCUACAAUAUAUCAAACAACCUUUCUCAACCACUUCGUCUACUUUACCCAAACGACUCAUUCCAAAACUCAAUCAAUCCGUUACUCGACUUGGAUUUGGUGGAUAUCGUGUCAGUCAAAUCGAAUCACAUGGUGCAGCAUUACAAUAUGCCUUGGAACAAGGGAUCAAUCUUAUCGAUACUGGCGCCAAUUUUGAAAAUGGUCAGUCUGAAAAAAUUAUUGGUGACAUCCUGUCUUCUUCGUCAAUCAAUCGCAAGGAUGUGACAUUAGUGACCAAAGCAGGAUAUUUAUCCAAACAAGACAUUGAACGACUAGACACUAGCAAGGAUGAUUAUGUGCAUGUUCAAGGGAACAGCUACCACGGUAUCUCGCCACGAAUUCUUCAAGAUCAGCUGGAACAAUCCUUGACUCGAUUACAGACAUCGUAUGUGGAUAUAUUUAUGAUCAAUGCCCCUGAACGGAUGCUUGUGUCGUCAAAGUUUCAUCGUGGAGAACUGUACAAACAAUUGGGCCAUAGUUUCUCAUUUUUGGAUACAAUGGUGCAGCAAGGUGUGAUCAAGGGCUAUGGUAUCUGUUCCAACACCAUGGCAUGCAAGGACGCGGCGGAUCAUGUCUCUCUCAGCUCUGUGCUUCGUGCGUGUGAUCAUUUGGAUAACUUUUGUGCAGUAGAGGCGCCUUUCAACCUAUACGAGCAAAAUCUGUUACAAGAUGCCGUCUUGAUGGACAGUCUGGACGCCCAUGGGAUUUUCUUGAUGACCAAUCGACCUCUGAACGCCAUCACACCUCAGGGCCAAAUCCGUGGACUUUACAAUCAUAUGAUCGACCCUACCGAUAUGGAGGAUCUACGUCAAGCUUUUGAAAAUGUGGCUCAAUUGGAAAUGGAUAUGAUCGCAGAAUUACCAGAGGAUGAAGACGAUUCUAUGGCAUCAACAUUCGUAUGGAGUCAAGUCUUGUCUGAAAAUUUGCAACGAUUGGGUCAACAUCAUUUCGCGACACGACAUUAUUUGACAUCUCAGGUACAACCAACAGUAGCAAAGGAUGUAGCCAGGUUUCGGAAAAAGUAUGAGGAUGUCCCUGCUUAUAUGGAAUGGGCCGAUGUGUACCAAAAACAAAUGGAUCAUUUGAUGACAUGUUUGGUCAAUUAUGCUUAUAUGGAUACGUUGAAGAAGAACAAUGAUAUGGAUAGGAUUUUAUCAGCUUUGGUGUCCUGGCCAUCCUCUCAUUCUCUCAAAGAUGAUAAUAAGACUUCCUGUUAUUCUCCUUUGACAGUCAAGGCAUUAGAAAUCUAUUUAGCACAACAAGAAAUUGGUUCUAUCAUCACUGGUAUGCGACAACGGGAUUAUGUGGAUGAUGCAUUAUUGGCUAUGAAAGAAUAUCAGCAAUCACCUUUAUCUGAACAACAAUUAUUGGAUAUCAAUCGCGUCUUAGUAUAGAUUCUCUUUUUUUUUUCUUUUUUUUUUUUUCUCUCCA